AUGUUCGUUGAUGUUUACAGUAAAAUUGAGGGGUCGAAGGCCACGACGAAGUUAACAGCGGAAGUGCUCCGGUCGUUCAUAUCGCAGAAAAGACUGCCUCGCACUAACCAAGCAAGCGCUCUCAUUGAUGCCGUUAAUGUUGUCGGAGAGAAGCUCAUAGAUGCCAAUCCUGUGGGUCAGUUAGAGAAUCUGUUCGAGAUCUGCCAAAUUUAUGCUGGUGGAACGAUAGGUAAAAAUCACAUCUUAACAGUUCUGUCAUGGAAGUCUGCACGCCUUCGUUUGGGGCCUAUCAGUCAACAUAGUGAGUUGAGGCAGUUUAGCUAUGUCUGGAGAGUUUUGGAUGCAAAUAGAUCUUUUACCUGA